AUGGACGAAGCCUUGGAAAUUGUACAAAACUGGUGUAGGACGAGGGGACUGAUGGUAAACCCCACAAAGACCUCGGCCAUGAUCUUCACCAGAAAAUACAAACCGGAACCCAUUGAGACAUUAAGGCUCUGGGGAAAGGAAAUAAAUUAUGUAAAUUCAGUAAAAUAUUUGGGGGUCCUAUUAGACCCCAAAUUGAGCUGGAAACCACACCUCGAGGAAAAGAGGAAGAAAUUCUACACCUCUAUGUGGGCGUGCAGGAGAGCCAUGGGAAAGAACUGGGGACUAAACCUCAGGACAGCCUUAUGGCUAUACAAGAUGGUAUUGUUACCAAGACUCACGUAUGCAGCAGUUGUCUGGUGGUUGAGGGCGGAAAAGGUGGAGGCACGGAAUCUGCUUAAAAGCCUACAGGGAGGAUACCUAAGGGCUGCAGCGGGGGCCAUGAAUACUGCACCAACUGAGGCGCUGCAAAUAGCACUCAGUAUUCCGCCCCUAAACCAGGUGAUUAAAUACACAGCCAGGCAAACAGCAUACAGAUUAAGAUGUCAGGGUGAGUGGAAGGAAACCAGGACCGGUCACACAAGACUGGGACUUUCUGACAGACACCCUUUCAAUCUAAAACAAGACAGGAUCCCCAGAAGACAUCAGUUGGUGAAGAAUUUCAAAGUUCAAAUACCGACUAGGGAGGACUGGAGCAAGCAUGACUAUAAAGCCAAUCCAGAUGUGGACACUUGGUUCACGGAUGGAUCGGGAGCAAACGGACGAUAUGGGGCAGGUAUUUAUGGGCCCAAUAUCAACCACAAGGUAAGCAUACCAAUGGGUGAGCUGGCCACAGUGUUUCAAGCUGAAGUGCUGGCCAUCCAGAAAUGUGCGGAACUCCUGCUAAAGGGGAAAAGCAGAAAACAAAUAAAUAUUUAUACUGAUAGCAGAGCAGCUAUCGAAGCACUUGCAAGAACCUCCACAGAAUCAUCUGUGGUAUGGGACUGCAUGCAAGCACUCACAACACUAGGGGCAACUAACAAAGUAACCCUGGUAUGGGUCCCUGGACAUCAGGGGAUACCUGGAAAUGAGGGAACGGACGAGCUGGCAAAACAGGGUACUGAGAAGGCCCCGGCUGAAAGGAUCGUCGGAGUCCCAUUUUCAGCAGGAACGAAAAUAAUCAAAGAAUGGCUUGAACGGGAGCACUCGAACUCCUGGAAGGGGGCAGAGGGCUGUAAACGAGCCAAACAACUCAUGAGAUCUCCAAACCUAGCAAGAACUAGAGAGUUGCUGGCUAUGGGAAAGACUAAACUGAGAAGUGGCAUAGGCCUACUGACAGGACACUUGCCCCUCAGAGCACAUUUAUUCAAUCUAAGACUAGCGGAGCAGAAAGAAUACCGGCUAUGUGGAGAAGAAAGCGAGGACAACCUGCACUUAUUGUGCCGAUGCCCUGCACUCGCUUGUAAAAGGUACAAAUCCUGGGGACAUAUGUUUAUGACACCCAAGGAUUUUGAAAAUGCGAAGGUCAGCAGUCUAAUAAGUCUGGUAAACGACACGAGGCUGGGAUUGACUGAAUGA